UCAAAAAAACCCACUAAAAAAAUCUUCUUUUCAAUUUCCGAUUCUCUCUUUCUCUCUUGGUCUCUCUCUAGAAACUGAUAUCGGUGGUGAUCGAACAAUGACAACAUCGAAAAAGAUUCAUGGUGUUAACUAUGUGAAUCUUGUGAGUUCAUCAUCAGAGUCAAGUGAUGAGGAAGAUAAGAGAGUUCCUAACCAAGAAUAUCAUCAUCAUGAUCUAGACGUAGAUACAACGGUAUGUGUAUUGAAUCAAUUCAUUCUCGACGACUCAAUUCUCGCCGAGUAUGGUGAAAAAGGAGGAGAAGAUAGUAGUGACGAUGAAAUACAAGUGUUGGAGGAAUUUGAUGUUGAAAAUAAAAAAUGCGGUGGUUAUGACGGCAAUGAUAAUAACAGAAAAUGUGACAAUAAUUCAAUGGAAUUAUUGAGUUGGGUUAAAAAUGUUGCUGUGAAUCCUUGUGGCGAAUCUAAAAUUGGUUUAACUUGUAAUAAUAAAAAUCCUAAGAAAAAGAAGGUUUUGUCGUAUAGAGAGGCUGCCUCCAACAAAAAAAGAUUUAGGUCAAGCAGGGAACAACAAUUUUGGAAGGGUCAGAAGAUGUGUCCAUCAUUGUAUGAAGAAGAGCCUAAGGAUGGAAUAUAUAACCUUAGAAAGAAGGUCAAGAAAAAUAAUAAUGAGAAAUUUUCAUCUAAAAGAUCCACAUUUUCUAUUCGUAGUCGUACUACUUCAAAUGCAUCAUUGGAUCCUCAAAAACAAGAAGAAAAAAAAGAAGACAAAGAAAAAAAACAUACGGCCAAAAAGAUGCCUAACAAUUCUAAACAAAAAUCGUUUUUUGAUCGACACGUGAGAGUAAAGCAUGUCCCUAUAGGUCCAAGACACCAAGUUAUGGUGCCGGAAUGGAACGGCGGCGGCGGCGGCGGCACGGCUUCCUUGGAAAGCGACUCAAAGUGGUUAGGGACAAGAAUAUGGCCAUUAAAAGAUGGAAUGAAUCCAAGAGUUAUGAUUGAAAGGGAUCCAAUUGGAAAAGGAAGACAAGAUUCAUGUGGCUGCUCGGCACGAGGUUUAGUAGAUUGUGUUGGAUUUCAUGUUGCUGAGAAAAGGACUAAACUCAAGCUUGAAUUAGGUAGAGCUUUUUAUGAGUUGGAUUUGGAUAAACCAAGAGUAGAUACAAAAAAGUUGUUAAGUGAAGAAGAAGAGGAAGAAUAAGAAAAGAAUAUAUAUAUAUAAAGAAGGUAUAUUUAAUAAUGUGUGUUGCAAAAAUAUUUACAAUCAUUUAUUUUUGACUUUUUUAACAAAAUUUAUGAAAUGCUUCAAGUGAUAAAAAAAAAUGAUUGUAAAUAACUUUAUGACACACAUUAAAUGUACUUUAAAAAAUUAGAUGCAAAAAGAAUAAUGUCCUGAAUAAUAUAAUAGACUGCUUGCACUUCUCAAAAUGAAGGCUUCUUUAUUAAGUUUGUAAGCCUUUCAGUAUGAUGA